AUGUCUGAUAAAUUAACAAAAGCCAAUUUAAAGCGAACUACUGCUUUUAAACGAUUACAAGAAACUUACGAGUGUGGUCUUAAAGUUUCGAAUGAUGAGUCUUUAAAGCCUGAAUUUCUUGCUGGAGCCAAUGCUAUUGAUGGCACUUAUAAUGAAUUUCAAAGUAAUCAUAACACUGUUAUUUCAUUAAUCAAUGAUGAUGAAUUUUCUUCCUAUGAUGAGAUGAGAUUAAAUGCUGAUAAAGCCUUUUAUGGAGUUUUAUCACUAAAACAUGAUUUUUUGUUGAAUGACUCAUCUUCUCAAGCGGCAAACAUGUCUACUGUAGAUAAUUCUAAUUCUUCUAACCGUAGAAGUGUCGUAAACCUUCCAAAGCUUUCCUUGAUGCGUUUCGAAGGUUCUUAUAAAGAUUUUCCUACUUAUUUUGAUGUCUUUAACAGUCUAAUCCACAAUAAUCCUGACAUAUCUAAUGUUGAAAAGUUUCAGUAUCUGCUUACUUCUUUGGGUAAUGAACCCCUAGCUUUAAUCAAAGGCAUUCCUCUUACUGAGGGCAAUUAUACUGUAGCAUACGAAAAGCUGGAAAAAAGAUAUAAAAAUACACGUAUCUUAGCUAGCCACUAUUAUAAUGAAAUUUUUAAUGCUCCCUCAAUUUCAAAGGCAAAUUCUUUUGAACUAAGAAAAUUAUUAAGUGUCUUUUCAGAAAAUGUUGCUGCUCUCAGGGUAAUGAAGUUGCCUGUAGAUCAUUGGGAUUUUUUGCUAUUUAACAUGCUUCUUAAUAAAUUAGAUUCAAAAACCAGAACCAAUUUUGAACUGGAACAUAGCCUUAGCCAGGAAUUGCCAACUUAUAGGCAAUUAAUGUCGUUUUUAGAUAGACAAUGCAUCGCACUGGAGUCUGUUCAGUAUAUUGCUUCGUCAUCUCACAAUCCAAAGGUGAACAAUAAAAAACACGUAUCUAGUUUUCUGGUGGAAUCCAGCCCUAAUUCAGUUGAGCAGUCUAAGUGCAUCUUAUGUUCUUCGCCUCAUGCCUUAUAUAAGUGCGGAAUAUUUCUUUCUAAAUCCCCUCAAGAGAGGUUUUCUAUUGCUAAACAACACAAACUUUGCGUUAAUUGUUUAGUUUCGCCACACUCUAUGAGGAAUUGUGUGUCAUCUCAUAAAUGUCGUGUUUGCAAAUUCCCCCAUCAUACAACAUUGCACUUUGAUAAAAAAUCAAACGAUACAGCUUCUGAUCAGAAUUCAAACGUUCAGGUUACUUCUUCCAACCCCUCUGUUGGUCCGUCAGUGGGUUGCAACCCGUCUACUAGUUCUUCGAUUACCAAUACCCUUGUAAAUACUUACAUCAAUUCUGACUGUAUUACAAGCACCUUAUCACUUCCUCAAUCAACUAUUUUAUUGUCAACCUGUGAAGCGGAAGUAAAGGAUAUUCGAGGUAACUUUACCACAAUACGAAUUAUUCUUGAUACAGGUUCUAUGGCGAAUUUUAUUUCUGAAUCUUGUGUUCAACGUCUUGGCCUUUCAAAAGGAAAUUUUUCGAUUCCUGUUGAAGGUCUCAAUGGAAUAUCAUUGGCUGCAAACAGUGGUAUAGUGCAGUGCACAAUGAAACCGUGUGGACAAAUCGAUCCAACAUUUUCAUUUGAAGCCAUUGUUCCUCCUAAAGUAUGUUCAAAUCAGCCAAAAUUCCUAAUUAAUCCUUCUGAGUUGACACAUCUUCAAACUUUAAAAUUGGCAGAUCCUAAGUUCCACAUACCUGGUCCUAUAGACAUGUUAGACAUGAUAAAUGAUGACUUCGCUGUUAAUUUUCAAGAGACUUCGCCUAUCACCAAUACAUCUCUGCCAUCUCCUAUAGAAAACGACAAUGUCAAUAACUCUUUUCCUAGUGAUAUAGAGGAUUGGCCAAAACAGUUUAAUCUGGAAUUUCGACAAUAUCUUGUAAAUAUAAAGAAUCGACCGAAUCAAUAUAUUGAUAAAAUUAGUAAAUGUGUUAAUACACAACUGGAUAAUAAUAAAACCAGAUAUUUCCAAAGUGCAAGUUUUUAUAAAAUGAAAGCUAAUGGGGAAAAAGUUCUUCGCGAGUGA